AUGACAGGUUCUGACGGUCAACUGGCACUGAUAAAACUAUCACAUUCUGCAUCAUCAAUUACUACCCUUGAACUUCGUCUCUCCGAUCAUAUUGGACACAAAUUUUGCAGUCUGGGCGAUUUCCCUGAGUUGCGGAUCUUGAAGCUCAGCAUUUCGUAUGACAGCUUUCGGCCGCUGCAUGUUCUGGCUCUCUUUUUGUCUAAAUCCCAACCUGCUAAAAAGUUGGCAGAGAUCUCGAUCCACCUCAGAUUAGACGCCGAAAACUUCGAACGCUCUUCACAGGAGUUAACACGGAUAUGUUCCAACAAAGACUGGCAACUUGUCCAACAAACUUUAAUCAUGGAAGCUGCCUUUCCAUCGCUGAGCAAGUUGAACAUUGUGUUUCGGCCUAAAGACGUUGCAACAUUUAUAAGCGACUAUCUAAACCUCUCGCUGAAUCUUUGUCUUCUCAAAAGCAUGCCAACUUUGUACGCGCAAACGCAUCCGAAAAUUGAUAUUUACGACGCUGAAGAACAUUCCAUACUCUCACUACUAUCGAAUGCAGUUUUCAGUACAUGA